AACUGCCCGCCAUCUCUGGCCUUCCUUUCAGUCUUCCUUCGACUUCUCUUCUUCACUCUUCCCUUCCCCCUCCCAGCUUAAAUACAUCUUCCCUCUCUCCCCAUCCUCAUCCUCAUCCUCAUCCCCAUCCUCAUCAGAAUAAUAAUAAUAAUACUCAGUCCCAGUAGCCAGAACCAUCAACCCCACACCACCACCACCACCACCAGCCACAGCCACAGCCACCAACAAUACAUAAUCACCUGAUCGAUGGAUCCUCCUACCACUCCAAUCCCUGGUCCAUCCUCACCACCCUUCUCCACCGGGCCCUCACUCCACUCUACACCCGUCCGCCCUUCCCUCUCAUUUGCCCAUCAUUCCCUAGGCAGCACCGCAUCAUUCGUCGGCAUCCUCAAGGCGGCAGCCCUCAGUGAACUCGAAAAUUCAGAUUUCUAUGGUUCAUCACGCAGCCCCGACAAAAAAGCUUCAAUCGCUCAGCAGAAGAAUUCUCACAAGAAUCUCAAAGCAAAACUUGAACUUGACAGCGAAGAUGAUGAUGAAGAUGCAGAAGAAGAAGAAGAUGAUGAUGAUGAUGACGAAGACGCGGAAGAAGAAGGAACAGAAGACGAAGAUGAUGACGGCGAAAGUGCUCAAGACGAUCUUGUUGAUACGCCCCCAGAACUAUCCCCAAAAUUUAACUCUUUCCGGGGUCCAUCUCAACUUGGCUACCCAAGCCCAAAGGCAUUACAAGGACUAGCUUGCGAACUAAUCAAUCAACAGAAACGCGUUGCAGACUUAGCAGUGCGCAAAGGAAUCAAUUCUUCAACAUUCACUCCUGAACCCUCUUCUCAUCGAUCGUCCCUGAACCAGUCCACCCCUCGAUGCUCAUCGCCACUUCAAAUCAGUCGUAAAGAUUACUCAGGAAGCGCGCCGAUCACAGUCUCCGAUUCUAACAACACCACUCAAUCAUCAUGCGCUGAUUCUGAAUCUCAUGUGAGCAGCGAAGAGCGUCUCCAUAGGUUAGAAGAACAAUUCGGCGUCUGGCCCGGAAAGGAUGCUCAAGGUCAACCAGAAACUGAAUCAUGGAUCGCACAAGUCCCCGGCGUCCUCUACCGCAGUGUCCUUGUCAACGGCUUAAUUGUACUCACUGAUCGCCGGUUAUGUUACCUCGCAUACUUACCUACGUUUGACAAGGGUCAGAUCAUUCGCAGUGGAUCAGUUACCGUUAAAGCUGACAGCCGGUUCAACAAACGCCGGAGACGAUGGGUUGAAUUGAGGACAGAUUCAUUGACCGAGUAUCGCCUGAGCACUGAAUUAUUCCGACCCUUGUCAUCUUACCACUUCUCGGAGAUCCAAAGAAUCCUUCCAAUCAGCUCCGGACAAUCUAGAACGCUAUCCUUAAGGCUGUUGGAUGGUCGACUGAUUGUUGUAGACUUUGAUACUUCCGAAGCUGCCGACCUCUGGCAUCAAGACUUUGUCCGGGCCUUAUUCAGCUUCAAGACAGACUACUCCAACCAAAUCAAGAUGAUGCUUCCCCUGAGCCGAAUCAACAGCGUCCAUCGUGAGACGUUUGAAAGCAUUGCCAAAAUGAUGGUCUUCGAAGUCGAUUGCGCACCCUCCUUCUGCCGCUCUGCCAAGAGUGAUGUCAUCGAGCAGCACUCUGAUCAUCCCAGCACUCCCGAACGGCCAAGGAUUGAAUUGUCUUACUAUCUCAAACACGACCCUUUCGAUGACACCGUCAUUGAUGCCAUCACCCACGCCAAACACAACGCGUCUCAACAUCUCUUCCCCGAUUCCACCCCGGCCCCUCUCCUCGAACUUCUCGAUCAUUCCCCAGCUGAAGACGAGGCUGAGGCCGAGAACAUCACCUCCGGGAAGGCUGACUCCAAUAACUCAUGCAAUAGCAAACUUGCUAAUCGAUUCAUGAAGGCAUUUGGAUUGGAUGCUUCUGAAAAACUCACCGUCUACUCGUGUGCCUUGCUGCGUACUCUACCCACUCUAGGUCACAUGGUCCUCAGCAAUGAUUAUUUCUGCUUUUGGCGGAGGGGUACAGUGAUCACCCAAGAUUAUAAACUGAGGAUCCCCAUUAAAGAUAUCGGCCAAGUUAAAGAAGCCACCGCAUUUGGAUUUACGCGUUUUGGUAUUGCUAUUGAAUUAGCAGGGGCGCCAGACAUCCGCCUGGAUUUUUCAUCCAAGUCCACACGAGAGGAAGUCAUGCAAGCGCUUGAAGACCAUGCCCAAGCUGCGAAGGCUGAAGAAAAACGGAUCAAUAGACGGCUCAGUAACAUGCCGAUCCCUAAACCAUUAGGUCAAAAUACUGAACAGUUCAAGCUCGCCUCACCCGCCUUGAAGAAACAGAGACCAGUGGUGAUUGACAAGCAACAGAUUGAAAGGCCUGUCAAAGCCAUGAAGAUCAUCUGUCUUGCCAUUGGCUCACGUGGCGAUGUUCAACCGUAUAUCUCCCUUGCCAAACGGCUUAUGCAGGACGGGCACACUGUCACCAUUGCCUCACAUCCGGAAUAUCGGCCUUGGGUCGAGUCAUUCGGCAUCCUUUACAGGGAUGUAGGAGGAGACCCAGCAGCGCUGAUGAAAUUGUCCGUCGAGCACCCAUUUUUCAGCACUGGGUUUUUCAAAGAAGGACUCGGUCGUUUCAGGACUUGGCUGGAUGACCUCUUCAUGGAGUCCUGGUUGGCGUGUCGAGACUCAGGAGCAGAAUUAUUGAUUGAGAGUCCUUCAACUUUCGCCGGUAUACACAUUGCUGAAGCCCUUCGGAUUCCGUACUUUCGAGCGUUUACGAUGACGUGGACCAGUACAUCGACCUAUCCACAAGCAUUUGCUUCGAAUAUCGACCUGGGACCGUCUUACAAUCUUCUGUCGUACUCUUUGUUCGAUAACUUAAUCUGGCGUGCUAUGUCCGGCCAAGUGAACCGAUGGCGGAAACAGACCCUGAAGAUUCCGUCGACCUCACUGGAGAAGAUGCAACCCUACAAAGUGCCGUUCCUGUACAACUUCAGCUCAGUGGUUGUGCCGAAGCCGCUCGAUUGGCGCGACCAUGUCGACGUGACCGGCUACUGGUUCCUCGACCAGUCCCAUGGGGAAUACACCCCGCCUGCUGACCUGGUUGCGUUUAUUGACGCGGCGCGCCAGGAUCAAGUACCGUUGAUCUACAUCGGCUUUGGCAGUGUCACCGUCUCCGACCCAACCGCCGUCACCAAAGCGAUCUAUGCAGCCGUUGUCCAGGCCGGAGUCCGGGCUAUCGUCGCCAAAGGAUGGAGCGAACGUGGAAACACUAAAAACUCCCUCGACGAUGCCCCCAUUGAUCCUCCCGCUCAGGUCUAUGAUCUCCAUUCCGUACCCCACGAUUGGCUCUUCCCCCAGGUUGACGCCGUUUGUCAUCAUGGUGGCGCUGGUACUACCGGUAUCUCGUUGAGAUAUGGCGUGCCUACCUUGAUCCAUCCUUUCUUCGGUGACCAACCAUUCUGGGCUGACCGAGUGACCAAACUAGGAGCAGGAAUGAGAGUGGAUUCGCUGACAACGCAGAGCUUAUCGGAUGCGUUUAUCAAAGCCACCGGCGACAGAAUCAUGAAGGAGAAAGCGAGCCAAGUGGGGGAGAAGAUCCGGGCGGAAGACGGCCCCACUCGGGCGGUGAACUUCAUCUACCAGUACCUGGACUUUGCGCUCGAGCGAACUGAGCAUCGGAUUGCGCGGACCUCCCGGAAGAAACGCUGGGUCUCCAGUGUCUCCGGGUGUGCCGCCAGUCAACCGGCGGCUAGCGUCGAUGGCUCUCAUCCGGAACUCGAGAGUCCGGCUCUCAGGAAGGCCGAUCUUCCGCCUUGCUCCGCUUCCUUCGAAAACGAGGACCCUAAUCAUUUGUCCGACAGCUCGCCUGACUCCCCUUCCCUUCUCCCCGCUAACGCUCAGGGAAAGUUGGCUGAUCCUCCCCAAAGUCCCGACGAUGGAACCCUCACUCGGAAGAAAAGCAUCGCUGGAGGCCCCAUUCGCUCUUAUAGCCAUCUCAUCAAAAUCCCUAACGCCAUCUCUCCCGUUAAGUCUUGGUCCAAAAUUAAAAAAAUCUUCCUGCAUCCUAAAGUCAUCCCCAACGUCGGGUGACUUGGCAGCUCGGCAUCGACCACUCAUUCCAAGAAAAUCUCAAGUAGUAUAUAUUAAUCAUCCACUAUGAUCAUCAUCCCCUUCCUAUGUCUUAGACUAUUUCUCUUCUCUUUUUAUUGCUUGUCAUCCUUUCUUUGUUCUUCGUUCUUCAAAAGCCCAAAAGAUUUUAGUAUCUUAUCAUUUUAUUUAUGAUUAUCAAUCUUCUUCGACUCUUUCUAAUCCAUCUCAUCUAGUUGAUGUCGUUUUUUACUAUCAUUAUUAUCUCAACCUAAAAAGCUUAUGUAUCGAACUCGAUCGUCGAAGAACACACAUAGCCAGUCAAGUCAUUCUAUCUAAUUCCCUUAUCUUUAUCCUUCUAUUAUUUAGGUUUCUUUUUUUUUUUAAUCGUGAUCAUCAUUUAUCGUUCGAUUUUCUGCCCCUUCAUCUUACUUGUCAUCUGAUUAAUCAAUCACCUCUCGUCUUUUUCCCCUUUGUUUGUUUGUUUGUACCUCCAAUCCUCCCCAAUAGUCGUUGUUGUUGUUGUUAUUAUCCGCGUUAGUUGACCCCAGUUUUUGUCGUCAGUUUCGUCCUGCAUCGUCGUCGUUGUGUUAGUUGUUGUUCCCCAUCCUCAGUAGUAAAUUCAUAUAAUGAUCAAUCCCAGUUUUCUUCAUUGUUUUUUUUUUUUUUUUGGUGGUCAAGCAUGUGGUACAGGCCAGCUCAUCAAGGCCACUUUUGGCUGUGGGUCCAACUACUUGCUGCUGUGUGAAC